CAUCAGUAGUGAGAACACGGGUGGCGCUGUGGAGCGCAGCUGGCUUUAACACAAGGAGAAGAAGAAGAAGCACCACUAGGAAGCGUGGACCAUAACAACGUGGGUUUAUUGACAUUAUACCGGUGUAUAUACCCGCAUUACUGAAGCAGUUUACUAUCUGUCUAGGAUGAAGCACUCAGAGGUGAAGCAGCAACAUCACUCCCUCUUCCUAGAAGUUUGUUCCCACAAUGAGGAGCCUCGUCUCCCGUUGCACACCUCCAUCUCCCUGUUCCUGCUGUCCUACUGCGAGUGCAAGUCUUUCAAAGUGUUCCUGGUCUCCACCAAACCUGCCAGCAGCUCCCAUCAGUCCCUGAGGAGGAUCAGGCUCCCAGAGGGUCUGGAUGUGUCUGACAUCCAGCUGGAGGAUCUGCCCCAGCUGGUGAGGGGCUGCCGUCUGCCUGCUGUUCUGGAUGAGACUGGGAUGCUCUGCAGGGCAGGUCUGGCUGUGGUCCUGAGACACAUCAUCAACAAGACCUUGGAGGCUGACCCUUCUAGAAAUGAUGUGUCUGCACUGCUGGGAUUCAAGAAGACCUGUCUGAAGGCUUGUGCUGAGGUGAGCAAGUGGACAAGACUGUGUGAAAUUGGCAUCCCCUCUGCUGUUGAAGAACACCUCAGAAAUCCCACCGAUCAAUAUCAGCAGCUUCCUCUCUCCAUCCUCACCCUAGAGCGAAGGCUAGCGGAGCCUGUCAAAGUGCACAAUGAUGACAAGAUACGGAGACAGAAACUCCAAGAGCAGAGACGGAACGAAAAGAAUGAGUCCCCCGAAGGCCAGGGGGACCCGGACUCUGAGUCCAAACCCGGACAGCCGCCUCAGGUCAGUGAGGGACUUGAGCUCAGGGCGGCUCUGGCCAAGCUGUCCGUGGACUCAAUUCCAGCGUCGACCACCAGAGAGAGCUCUGAGAUCAGGAAAGUGAAGACCACAGACCUGCCUCUGCUGGAGCACGUGUUUGCUGAAGGACUGUACUUCACUCUGACUGAUGUGGUGCUGCUGCCCUGCAUCUAUCAGUACGCGUGUUCCCUCCAAGCCCACGCUGCGAGCACUCUACAUCAGCUCCCCCACCUGCUGCGUUGGUACGGCCGCGUUCAGGAAGUACCUGGGGUCCUUCGGGCAGCCGAGGCCUGUGGGAUGGCUCUUUCCAUCCCCCAACUUCCCACGUCCGGCCUCCCAGGGCCUUCAGCAGAAAACAACCCAGCUAGCCUAUUGGAGCAAGAAGAAGGCCAGGAGAUGACCACGCAGCUUCCGUUUGUCGGUGGCCCCAGGCCCACAAUGACUAAACUUCAAGAAAAUGGCAUCGAGGCAGUCUUCGCUCCUCAUCCUUGCCCUGCCUGGGCUCUCCCAUGGGACAGCUUACCAGGGGCUAUCAACCCCAUUGAAGGGAAAAUGUCAAAUAUCCGUGCAGUCAGGAAGAGGCAACAGCUGAAUAACUUGGUUGCCAUGGUUACAGAGCUAGCCAAGCCGGGAUACACCGUUGUGGAUUUCUGCAGUGGAACGGGCCAUGUAGGGAUUGUUUUGGCUCACACACUUCCAGAUUGCCAGAUCAUCCUCAUAGAGAACAAAGAGGAGUCGUUGGUCAGGGCCCAGAGUCGCGGUGCUGAGCUCGGUCUGAAAAACAUCGGCUUCAUUCAGGCUAAUUUGGACUACUUCACCGGACCCUUUCAAAUUGGGGUUGCCCUCCAUGCAUGUGGCGUCGCAACAGACAUGGUGAUGGAGCAUUGCGUCCAGGCGGGAGCCGCCUUUGUCAUCAGUCCAUGUUGCUACGGCUUCGUCCAGAACGCAAUAAAGUUCACCUUCCCCAAGAGCAAAAGGUUCCGAGAGACUCUGACAUAUAAGGAACACAUGAUCCUCUGUCGCUUCGCAGACCAAACUGCUGGCCAGCUCCCUCCUGACAGGCGUCUCAUAGGUAAACAGUGUAUGGGCCUGGUAGACUUGGAUCGCUCGUGGGCAGCAGAGACUCAUGGAUACUCGGUGCAGGUGAUGACUAUGGAGCCUGAAAGCUGUUCACCGAAGAACAACAUGCUGGUGGGAAGGCACAAGAGUGGACUGGAAGUGGGUGCUAGCCAACUGGAAGCACUGGUGCAUAAUUAGCACUGCGAGCGCCAGUGUACAACCGAGCAUCUUCAGUGUGGUCAGGAUUUGAUAAAGUACCCAGCCUCUGUGGCUCCUGGCCGUGUCAUCCCGGUGCUUUAUCCACCCUCACCAUUUCCUUUUUAUUUAUUUUUUACAAGCCAUUUUGUAAGAAACCGCCUUGGAAAAUAAAUGAGAUGUUUGCUCAUUA